AUGGAUGCCAAUCAACUCCCCGACUUCAAGAUCUUCCCCUGUGAAUAUGAAGGCUACGAAUCCAGCUACGACGAGAAGACAAUAAUCCCCAGUACCUCAAUCAGUCUCAAGGCAUCCUCCUCAUGGACCUAUUGUGGUCCCCUCCUAAGCCUUGACCCCAGAAGCCUCCCCUCAUCCUUUGAGACAUGGACCAACAACACAAUCAAGGGAUCACCACUCGGUCCAUUUCUCUCCUUCUUAGAAUUCGUCCAUGAUUUCCUAGAAAAAAACAACAUAUCCCACUACUGGAUUACCCUUCGAGCCGAUCAAGGCUCGGAUAAGUUUGACAUCCCACGUUGGCACACAGACGACCUCUUCUUCUCACCUCCAAAGUCUCAAUCUCACCAUCGCCGCUCAUCCCUGACCACAUUAAUAAACUCCAUAACAAACAGACAACACAACGACACGAAGAAUAUAAGCCCGGAACCCCUCCCCUCCAGCGCCCAAAUAACAGCCUCAUCACUCAAUCCCCCAAACUGGAAACUUACAACCACGCUUCUCGGCCCAGGAACUCUCUUCAUAGCACAAGAGAGCAGUCAAAAGGCCCGGGAUCUUCAACGCAGUGCGCGAAGAUCAGUCCGUGUCGAUAACAAAGAACACACAUGCGCCUCGGUACGAUGUAUUGCCUGUGCAUCAGCCGCAGAGUCUGUCCGAACUAAACUCGCUGCUGAGUUAUCGGGGUAUAAGGUUAUACAGGCACAGAUGGGGGAAUGUGUGUUUUUGCGUGUUGGACAGGAUGAGGGUGCUGUGCAUUCAGAACCUCCGUCGCACGGCGAUCGUAUCUUUGUCAAUGUUGUACCUGGGACUGAGGCUGAUUUGAAGAGUCUAAUGGCAAGAUGGGGGAUGGAGUAUCCGCGGGCUUGGUGUGUGGGUUUACCGGUUCAAGUACCUAAUGAGAGUUAG